UCUCACCUUAGGAAAGGGUGUGUGUAAGUUUUGAUGUUUGGAAAGGAGAUUACGCAAAAUAUGAAUUCUAAUUGGGUACAUUUGAGGAAAAGCCAAUACUUUUAGCCAUAAAUGGGCAAGGCGCGGCCACUUUUAGAGUAGUUGGGUCAUCUCCGUUUCAAAGUAACUUCUUGCAUGGCCUAGUAUUUGGUUGGAUUUACAGCCUUGUCGGUCAAAAAUGGAUGAUUUCAAGCGACUAGAAUUCAUCCAAAUCCAGUCAACUCUUGGGAGAGAAAAGUUUCAGGGAUUUGAGUAUGAAGGUUUAGAGGGAACCACCUGUUUGAAUUGUAGAGAUGGCUGUCCAGGUUUUAUAAGACACCCCUGGAGACGCAGCUGUGGAAACUGUAAAUGUGGCCUUUGGGAUCACGAUCUUCCUCAAAGUGCAGGAUUUCACCCUUUUGAUAGAAUAUGCGUGGAAGAGACAUUGCCACCAAUGAUGUCAGAAUAUGACACAGCUGUUGGUGAGGGGUUUCUUUGGGUGCCAAGAGGGCUGAGAAGUGCUGGGAUUGCUAAUUUCAUGGACCAACUGCCUGCAGAUAAAGUUCCAAAGCAACGCACAGAGGGCGCAAAAUACCGAGCCAGACAGCUGUUUUAUCAAUUGCCAAGGCAAGAUUUUUCAACAAAGUAUUCGAAAUUUUUGAAGGAGGAAGAGAAGGAGUCGUUUAUUGACAUGAACAAUGAGAGAGUAGGAGAUGCUUUAGGAAUAGCUGCUGUGCGGGGUAUUUUGUCAAUGUCAAAGCAGUGCACCUCCUGUAAUGUUUACAUCAGCAGUGGCGAGUCUGGCAUUUUCACCGAGCGCGGUGGUGGUAGCAAGUGCUGGCAUCCGCAAUGCUUCACAUGCCAUUUCUGCAGAGAGCAGCUAGUUGAUAAUAUAUACUUUUUCAGGAAUGGUCACGUGUAUUGUGGAAGACACUACUCCGAAUCAAUUAAACCGCGUUGUGGUGGAUGUGAUGAGAUGAUCUAUAUUGGUGAAUUCACUAAGGCCCUUGACAAAUCCUGGCAUAUUGAGCAUUUUGCUUGCCAUAACUGCGACGUCCCUCUGACUGGCAAGAAGUACAUUGUCAACAAGCAUCAGCCUUUCUGCCAGAAAUGCUUCACAGAAAAUAUCGCAAACAAAUGCUGCAUGUGUAAGAAGCCGAUUGGGCCAGAGAGUAAAGAUUUGUUUGUUAAAGACAAGCAUUAUCACAAGGAGUGCCUUAUUUGCUCUAGGUGCCAUAAUCAACUGGAGAGCCAAACAUUUGUUUGUGUCAACAACGAGCUUGUAUGCAAUUCAUGUAGAGGAAUCGAUCCACCAAAGAUCUGUGCUGGCUGUACUCGUGAAUUCAUGCCAGAAGAGAAGAAAAUUGGAGUGAAGGAAAACAACGAGUAUUACCACGAACUUUGUUUUCUGUGCAGCAAAUGCAACAACCCUAUAGGAACCCAGCAGUUUGUAAGAACAGGCCCAGGGACACAAACUUGUAACAGCUGCUAUCAGUCACGUCUUCAGGAUUGCAUCAAAUGCGCAAUGGCAAUCAAAGGAAACGUGGUGAAAUUUGAAGGCAUGCCUUACCAUCCUGAGUGUUUCAUUUGUGAGCAGUGCAGAGUUCCUUUGUCAGGUCAGCAAUUCUACCGACAAAACGACAGCCCGUAUUGUGAAGGAUGCUAUCUUCGUUAUUUUGGCAAACGCUGCAGCACUUGUUACAAGGCAAUUAAGGGCAAUACCAAAUUUGUUGACUACAAUGGCGAGUUUCAUCAUGACGAAUGCUUUGUUUGCUCGAACUGCAGCAGAAGAUUGGCUGGAGCAAAGUUUGUUAUCAGAGAUCGAAGCCUUCUCUGUGUUGACUGCAAGUAAGAACGUCGUAAGAACGUCGUAAGAACGUCGUUAGAACGCCUAUGAGCUAAACUCGUGUUAUCUGUUUUUGGAUUGUUGUUUCGUUAUCAGCUGUAGUAUACAUUCUUAUUUAUAGAUAACGUGACCAUAAUUUGGUUGCAGAGGCUUAGACUUUGAAAAUAUAGCCUGUGUAUUUAAUGCAAAAUAGCUUGCCCAGUUGAUUGACUGGAAGGACAAGAUAUAGGCGCCCAUGCAGAUAGGUUUACUGUUUCUGGGCAAGGUUUUUGAAUUGAUGGUGAGAGUUAUUUAAGCCUGGUUCCCACUUGUCCUUAUUAUCGUAAGAUUCUGUGUGAACGUGUUUUCAUAAACCAUCCCCGAAAUCGUCCUCUUCCCCGUCAAAUAGAAAUGAGUUCCAUUUAAAAAAAUCACGUCCCCGACGUCCCCAAUUCUUACUCUUUACUGGGAAAAACUUUCUUACAAAAGUUUAUAGUUUGACGAGAGACGAUUUCGGCUUAUAAAAAGCAGUAAGGAUUCAAUAUUGCAGUUACUGUUUGUCAUUUAUCUUAUUUUGCUUUUUGCCUCUUAAGCAGACGACAGUUUAUCUGUUACCUUUAAUUACCUCAUAUAUAUUUUUAUUACCAUAUGUUGCAUAACUAAAGUUCAGAAUCGCAAUCUGUAUUACGAAAGGCAUCAUGCUUCAAUGCAUCUACUGUCAAGUGAGCCACUGUCAAUGGCUGUAUAAUAUUAAAUGUUUUUUAUUACUAGAACAACAUGUCGAUGAACGAUUAAACUUGGAUUUGUUGGAAUGAUUCUCGUGAUUUUUCAGUGCAAAGUAUUUUAUAUUUCUUGCAGUAUUUAGAUUUCUUAGUGUGGCAAAGUGAUUCUAUCAUUGAUCGAAUUGUGUGUAUUUAGUUUUGUAUGGAAUGAAUGUGUCGUGAA